UUGAUACUGUUAAAAAUUCACAAUAACCAAUGAUUAUAUUCAACAAUCUGGUUAUUGUCUCAUGAAAAUCACCAGAAAUGACGUGGAAUCCACUAAGAAAACAGUAUAUAACAACAAGGCCCACUCCUGCUUACCCAUGUCUAACAGCUGAAGAAGAUCGAGAACUUGAUAUCGCUGUUCAAAGAAUUAUUCAUGUUGAAAUUACAACUAGGAGAAUGUAUAAAGAAAUGAAAAAAUAUAUUAAUGCAAUCAAACAAGUGGAUUCUACAGAUCAAGGAUUAACUUCUAAUUUGGUACAAAGUGGAUUGGUCCAUGUAAAUGAUAAUCUUAGAAUUCUAAUGGAGGAGUUUCAUUCCAUAACCACUCAAAUAGGAAAAACUGUGGAAGAAGCAGUUAUUUUUUACCAAAAAUCAUUUUUAGAGCCUCUAAAGAAAUUACGUGAACAUUUUGCUUACAUCAGAGAUGCUCUGAAUAAAAGAGAAGACCUUGUUAGUACUUGGAAAACAGCUCAUACAAAUUUUAAAAAGUAUCAUGACAGAAGAGAAAAAAAAGCAAGCGAUCAUGUAAAAUUAAAUAAAGAAAAGAUAGCAGAAGAACAAGCUGGUAAAGAGUUGAAAGCAUAUCAUGCCCAUCUUUUAACUGAACUUCCAAUAUUUUUAGAAAAAAGAUUGGAAUACAUGAAACCCACUCUUCAUGCUUUCAUUGCUACUCAGUUAGAAUACUACGGCAAUUCAACUAGAUUAUUUACUCAAUUAAUGCCUGAAAAAAAUGAAUCAGGAUCUCCAAAUUCUUCUAUGUCUGAGGAAGAUUAUCAAAGAGAAAUUGAUACAAACUUCAAACGCAUUAAAGAAUUAACAAUUGUAAAACAUUGCUGAAUUAGUUCAAUUUAAUUUUAAAAGUGAUGAAAUUGAAUGCUGGGAAAUUGUUAAUACUUAUAAGUUUUAAUAUUGUUAAGAAUGUCUUUAUUUUUAUAAAAAAAAAUGUAUGUGCCUAUGGUAAAAGAUUAUUUAUUAUGUAAAUUAUGUAUUGUAAAUAUUGUCCAGUGCAGCUUUUUGUAAACUGCAAAUUUUUAUUCCAUAAAAGUGAUUAUAUAUUUAUUAAGGCUAUUAUAUACAAUAAAAAAAUUUGAAUAGUGA